UUUUGAAAUCGCCCAACAAGCCAACCAACCGCGCGCACGUUUGCUAUCGCACGCGACCAUCACCACAAGUGAAGCACAAGCAAGCGCGAGCAUGGGGGACGAUGAUACCAGCGGCGGCGAUCGCGAUGCUGCGCCCGCACAGGAGGCGUUCCGACGCAUGUUCCUCUCCAGUGAAUGGAAGAAGGAUACCACUCAACCAAGCGACGUGUUGUCGAGGGUGCGUGCGUUCUUGCCGGAGCUUCAGCGCGCAAACGCAUCGCUGCCAACCCAAGUUGCACCCUGCGUGGAGAUUGAAACACUCCCUGACGUGCACACGGGCCUGGACUACUAUGCGGAGAGCAGCGACGAAGAAGGUGACGACGCCGAUGCCGGAAAGAAUGACAACAACGACAGCAGCCACGGAGGUAAUGGCAGUGAUGACGGCGACGAUGAUGCACAACACGCCGUAAUGGACACCGCCGAUGAAGAUGGGCAAGGCACAAGCAGCACAGACGGUCAGCACAAAAAGCACAUGAAGCAGAGUGAGGGAAAGGCACCUCGAGUCAGCGCAGUCAAGCCGAAAGCGCAGGCGCAGCAGAGCACACAGCAGGCGUCUUCAAGCGCCAACGACGUCGCGGCAGACCAGACGAAUGAUAUGGAUAGCGGCGAUGACAACAACUCAAAGGAAGAAGAUGAAGACGGGCGGCACGUGGAAAUGACGCUGCUCUGUGGGCUGUUUGAGGAGAAGAAGAAAGGCAGCAGCAGCCAGACAAAUGGUGGGAACGCGAAGAUCACCGCCGUCAACGCCAGCGACAGCGAACAACAACACCAGCAAGCACUAGAACAACAGCAACCACAGCAACCCCGCGUGGGGAUGGGCGAUGAUGGUGUGGAGCGGGUGCAUGGGGAGAUGAGUGAGGACAUGCACCGACAGCAGCUUGCGUCGGCGCUGCUGGCCUCGCUCAUAUCCAGUGGUGUGCUCGGGGGCAGCGGCAGUGAUGGCAGUGGCCUUGGCGGGAUGCAAGCGGGGCACGACGACGACGAUGAUGGUGAUGGUGAUGGUGAUCAUAAUGGUGAGGGUGGUGAUACUGCUGGUAGCGAGGCUGGUGGGGAUGGUGCACGAACAAGUCACAAGCCAAGAAUACAACAGUUGGAGUGAGGCAUGUCUCUGUGUGUCUGUGUGUGUGUCUGUUUGUCUCUGUGUGUGUGUGCCUGUGUGUGUGCGCGUGAUGUACUUGUCACAUCACUGUGCAUCUCAAGCAAUGAAUGGUGACUGUGGCG